GAAGGUAGUGAAUAUAUUAAAAUCAACGCCACAUCCAGGCCUUCAAUACUAAGAACUCUACCACUUCCAACGGAUCCAGCAACAGCAAUUUCAACCACGGUUAUUCUACCUACUCAGUCAUCUACAGUUUUGAAAAUGGAAAGUUCACAUACACUGGGAAAGGACGUGACUACUGCGCCAGUGAUUGACAUCUCAAUUACAACUAUUUCAGCCGUACUUCAUGUAACGCCUAGUAGUGCUUUCAGUAUCACUUCCAGUCCUUCGGUGAAAACGACGAUUUCAACGCAAGGUUCUUGCUCAAGAGAUGUUGAUGGUUCACCUGAAGCGUAUGGAAUUUUUUUGUGGCCAGAAACACCAACUGGAAACAUUUCUACGGUUGCUUGUCCCUACAACAACGAGUCUUUCGCCAGCCGUGAAUGUUUUUAUACAAACAAAAAAGGUGGCGAAAGUGUUUGGGGUCCUACUGUAGCCACUAAGUGCAUAUUUAAAAACGAGAGAAGCAAAGACAUUUUUCGAUUGUCAGAGGAAGAAGUAAAUGUUAACAACGUGGUAAAAAUAGUCGAAGAAUUGAAAAACUUGUCCAUUGUUGAUCAGAACAGUACUCUAAACGCAGGAGAUAUCGACAAUAUCGCUACGGUAUUAGAAAAUAUUGCUGCAGUGAAAGGAAAAGCAAACGAGAUUUUUGACGAUUUCACCGACACAAUAGACAAUGUGCUUGACAGCAAAAUAGAAAAUAUCUUAAAAGCUCAAGUGGAGAGAAAAUCUUCGUCGAGGAUUGUCAACAUUUUGGACAACUUUGCAGACUCAUUAGUUGCCGGUCCCGAAGGGAAACUCGAAGCAGACAAAAGAAACUUUGCCAUCAACUUACAAACUGUGCUUACGCAGAGCUUUUCCGGACUAAAUUUUUCAGGCGUUAACAACGUAUCAGGUGAACCAAAAAGAGAAAAUAAUGGCAUCCCACCAUCUCUUAUGAUUCCACAAACAAUAUUCAACGAUUCGACUGUUAAUACCAGUGCUGCGAACCAUACUGUCAUUUUUGUGCUUUAUAAAGACUCGAAAUUCUUCAGAGUGUCAUUGGAGGAUACCACGAGAACGUUUGGUCGCUUGAAUAGUCUUGUGAUUUCUGGAAGGAUCAAGGGAUUGUCUGUUCAAAAUUUAAAUAACGCAGUGCAUUUUGCAUUAUCAAGCAUCGAAGAAGGCGACACGAACAGUACACUGUGCUCCUACUGGAAUUUCACCAUAGGCACAGGAAAUUGGUCACAAGAAGGCUGUCAGUUUGAAGGUGUUCUUAAUGAUGGAAGAGUGCUUUGUAGUUGCAAUCAUUUAACCAACUUCGCUAUGUUGAUGGAUGUUUAUCCAGGAGAGAAAACGGUACACGAUAGAAUACUUGGGGUAGUGAGUUAUGUUGGAUGUGCGCUAUCACUGGUCGGGCUCACAUUUACAAUAAUUACAAUACUAAUAUUGAGGGAACUUCGAACCCAACUUCCAAGCCAGAUUUUGCUGAACUUCUGCAUUGCUUUGUCGUUGACGAUAGUCGUAUUCUUAGCGGCAGCGGAGGAGUCGAAAACGUCAUCAUUAGCCGGCUGUCGGACAGCGGCCAUUGCGUUGCAUUACUUCUUGUUAGCAGCAUUCUUGUGGAUGGCGGUAGAAGCGUAUAACAUGUAUCGAGCAUUUGUGAUUGUCUUUGCAGAUUCGCAUCCAUCCAAGUUUUUGAUGAAGUGCUGUUUGUUUGCAUGGGGUAAGAAUUGUCAGAAUAUGGAUCAUUAUUUCAAUGCAAGCUAA